GAGGCAGCAGCCGGGUAAAGUGGAGGACGCGUCGCAGCAGCAGCGGUAGUGGCCGGCAGUGGCAGCAGUGGGGCUGGUUUUCGUCGCCUUACCGGCAACUCCUCUCCCGACAUCCUUGCAAUUCCGGAGUGGCCCAAAAGCAAAGCGGGACAGGCUCUGGUUUCGGGGCCUGUAAAAGUGUCGUGGUCAUCUUCCCACUGCUAGUGGAACUGCUAUGUUGGUGAACGUGAAUCUUACUGGCCCGGCUCCUUGGGGCUUCCGAAUAACAGGGGGAAGGGACUUCAGGAAACCCAUCAUAGUAUCUAAGGUGACAGAGUACGGAAAGGCAGCCCUAGGUGACCUUCGGCUCGGUGAUGUCAUCACCUCUAUCAAUGGGGAGAACACUUCCGAGAUGCUCAACGUGGAGGCGCAGAACAAGAUUAAGCAGAGCUCUGGGCAGCUGCAGCUGCAGGUGGACAGAUCUCAGCAAAUUUCUCCAAGCCACACUAAUGGUGAAAGUUCCCCAGAGAUGUUGUCCAUACGGUUUCAGGAUGUUGUGAGAACCAGAGACGAUGGUCAGAGCUCGCUAAGAUCUUCCUACUCCAGCCCAGCCUCCAUUAGUCCACGGCCCAGCAGUCCCUUCUCUCCUUCAUCUCCUGGAUGCCGACCCUGCAGCCCGUACAGCCCCCAGAGGCCCGGCCUGCCUAAUGAGGGCAGAGGGGAGUCUGUGGUGAACAGCCGCAGCUUCCAGUCUUUGGGGAGUUCAUUAGGAACCUCUGAUGAACACUCUCCACCCCCCCAUGGGCAGCAGCAUCCAAGCAGCAGACAGGAACGAAGGAGCUUCGCCCAUUCCAGCGGGUCUCCAAUUACAGUUAUGCCUCCAUUAAACGGAUCUCCGUCCCCAGGAGCCUAUUCACUCUCCAGCCCUUGGGAGACCAGGAAGGACAAGAACAGGAGCCCCUCCUCUUUCAACCGCAGUUACAGUCUGGAUUCAGAGACAGCCAUGCAUCGUUUGGAAGGGGACUCCGAGGUCUACAAGAUGAUGCAGGAAAACCGCGAAACCAGGGCUCCUCCACGGCAAUCAAGCACUUUCCGCUUGCUCCAGGUGGCUCUAGAGUUGGACGAAGAAGAGGGCGCUGUGACUCACUUUCCCAGCCAGCUCUCUCCCAGCACACACAAACCAGUCAGCAGUUCUGUGGCAGGCAGCGCCCAGAAGCUGCACAUGUGUGAGAAAUGCAGCAGCAGCAUCACGAACCAGGCAGUAAGGAUCCAAGAGAACCGCUACCGCCACCCCUCCUGCUACAUCUGCAACGAUUGCGGCCUCAACCUGAAGAUGCGCGGCCACUUCUGGGUUGGUGAAGAGAUGUACUGCGAGAAGCACGCUCGCCAGCGCUACCAGGGGGCAGCAGGGGGCAGCACUAUCACAGCCAUCUACUCCCAGUCCUAAACUGUACCUGAGCACAUGGGGGUUGAAUGAAGCGGGUGCUGCCACCCUAGAGGCUUUCUUCCCUAUACCUAACCUGUGUGACUGUGAGCGGGUCCCCUGGGUCUCUUUUGAUUGGCUGUCGGGCCUUUCUCUCCUUGCACCGUCCCAAGCAAUCGGGAUUCAGCUAAUUGAGACAUGCCCAGGAAAGGAAGCUUCCAGUGCAAAAACAAACACCUGCAAAACAGUGGAAGAUGGGAGCAGAGAUCUUGGGAGUAGGGCUGGAACUCCUCUAAGCAAAUGGCAUUUUCAAUUAGCUUGGCCUAAUUUUUUAGAAGGGCAAAGGUCUACAUAGCACAAGCACGGUCACGCUUGGCACUGAACAGCUUCAGAAGGGCAUGGCUGAACUUUCUACAAUACUAAGGGUGUCUCCAGAGAGUCAGUUAUGGGGCACACUGUGGGGUGUGAUUGUCCUGCCCAUGCCAUCCCUGUGCCCUGGGUAGCAGUUGUCAAACCCAAGUGGCUCUUUCUAAUUCUACAGCCACUGGAGCAGCUAGAGCACCUCUCUCUUGCCACUGCUGCCAACAUCCCUGGGUCCACGUAGGAAAGGGAAGAGUCAAGGAAGGUUAGGGGUGUUCCUGAAGCUCUAGGUACUGGGAUGGCAUGGGUGCGGCUUCAACUAUUGACUCUCUGUAAAGCUUCUCUAAGAUAUUAUGCCAGAUCUCUAUGUGAAAUAUAAUAUAUAUGUAUGUAAAGGA